AUGGGAAAGCAAAACAGUAAACUCAAGCCUGAGGUUCUCGCUGAUCUCAAGGACCAAACGAAUUUUUCGGAACAUGAACUACAGGAGUGGUACAAGGGAUUCCUCAAGGAUUGUCCAAGCGGUCAUCUGACUUUAGAGGAAUUCAAGAAAAUCUACGGCAACUUCUUCCCCUACGGCGACGCCUCCAAGUUUGCGGAGCACGUUUUUCGCACGUUUGACAGCAACGGCGAUGGUUCCAUCGACUUCCGCGAGUUCAUCUGUGCCCUGUCAGUGACAUCUCGUGGUGGUAUAGAAGAAAAACUCAAGUGGGCUUUCAGUAUGUAUGACCUGGACGGUAAUGGAUAUAUCUCCAGGCCCGAGAUGUUGGAGAUCGUCAGAGCGAUUUACAAGAUGGUAGGCUCUGUAAUGAGAAUGCCUGAAGAUGAAAGCACGCCGGAGAAACGGACGGAAAAAAUAUUUAGACAGAUGGAUAAAAAUGAUGAUGGCAAACUGUCACUACCCGAGUUUAUUGAAGGAGCGAAGAGCGAUCCGUCCAUCGUACGCUUGCUCCAGUGUGAACCUGCCCCAUAAGACUAAAGUAUUUUUUGUUCCAGUAUUUUUUUAAAGAAAAUUGUUUUGGCAACAUUCCUAAUAUAGCACUGUUAAGAAGCAUUUUCUUGUGCCUGUGGACAGACGGAUGUAUUAUGAGGGUCAUUUUGGGGACUGCAGAUAUCCCAUUUUGUUGCCUACGGGGUUAAGAAUUGGCAAAUGUAGAGUUUUCUUAUCGUUAUAGUCAGUUUUAGUCCAUUGUUGUACAAGAUUUUUUAUUAUCAGUAGGUUUCUUUUGGUAACUUAUUUUAGUAAUGUAUUGUCUGUGAAGACAGCUAGCCAGCAAGGGAAAGACGGCGGACUGUUGUUCUCCGAUCUUUAAACUGAAAAGUGAUUUAGCGAAUGAAUUAAAUGAACCUCGCUGGAGUAGUAUUUAUUUAUUCGACUUGUUAGCUGAAUCCAAAAAUCGUGAUUCGAAAACAGUGGUAUUUAGCCAACGGUAGACUCUGCAAGCAAAGGAAUGAUGGGUCGAUUAAACUAACGCUCGAUCUUAAACCUUCGCUCCUUUAGGUGUGAAGUUGAAGUUGCAAGCUGCAUCUUUCCAAUAUUGGGUAAAAUAAAGUAAAAGCUUCAUUUCGCAAGGUCACACUUGACGGUUAACAGAUUGUCACUGGCCUCAACUAACAGAAAGAUGAUGAGAACAAAUAAAAUGUCACGAAGCCAAAAUGUGAAAACUGAAUGUGAUUCUCUAAAUCUCCAGUUGCAGCAUAAGACUUUGUAAAAGCUAUAAUAUUGAUCAUGAAAAAAAAAUGUAGCUAAAAAAAGACUUGAAAAAACCUUCAAUAUUAAAACAAUAAACUAAUGGAAGGUCACGGGUCCAACUGACCAAAUUUUCUCUUUUGUCAUUGGCAAUAUCUGCUAAUUAUAAGUUAAACUCUCUGUCGUCACGCUCACGUAAUUAAGGGGUUUUGAUGUGCCCUCGGCAAAAACAGUUGCAUUUUUCAUGGCGUGGGCGUUGUGAAGCUAUAGGUUACAUUGUUUGGGACAAUAAAACGCCGGUUAUUGCCGUUAUAUGGAACAGUAACUGCUUGAAAAGGCGUGUGGUUCCCGGUGUGGCUGUUGUAGCGGGGAGACGAAUGGCCGCCAGCGGAACACCUAAUUAAAGCCAAUUUACUUGGUCUUUUGCAUAUGACGAAAGAAGCAAGGCUGCAAAGUCCAUGAUAAUAGAACAUGAAACUUUUCAGGGAGCGAGUGAGGCAACAAAAGCGGUUUAUUAGUGAGCUAAAAACACGUGACGUAAAACGGAUUCUGGAUAGAUAAGAACUAAAGGAUUGACAAAAAAAAGGUAUUUUCGAGUAUUUUACGAAGCUACUUGAACCACUUUGUGAGGCUUUUCUGCCAAUUUGUUCGUUGAAUGUACCCUUUCUCGCACUUAGUUGCGUUCAAUACUAAUAAAUACCGUUUCGGAGCGUUAUUGAAAACUUUGUUCAAACAAUCACAUUAAAAGGAAUUUUUAUUUAUAGUUGGUUAGAGUUGUCUAAAUGUUUCUCUUAACCAAAGAAAUUGUCAACCGGUGACUCAAAAUGUUCAAUUAAAUAUUGCUAAUUGAAUGCCCUUCUUGGUUUAAAAGCUGAGGGACUUUUAUGCAGGUGCGGCGUUCCUUGUCAUAAAUAUUUGACCUUGUUCACGCUAAUGCGUUUUUGUUUAUAGACGCAUUAGGUGCGCUUCGGCUGUGUGUGUACACUUAUAUUAAACGAACGGAAACAGAGGUCUUAUGCAAUCUCGUUCCCAGGCUUCUCUCUCUUCCUGGAGGAAGUCGAGGUUGCUACCUAAAAUUGGAAACUGCGUCUGAGAAUAGCUUGGGAACAAAAACGUUUUGCCUGAAGUUCGCGCCUUUUUCGAUUGCUUAGUAUGCAGACGCUGGUUUUAAUUUGUAGGUGCAGGUUGUGCGGAAGCAGCUGGAAUUUAAAGGGUUAGGGUUAGGGUUACAGAACCUUAAGUGACACCUGCACAUUAGCCUGCGUGGCAGGCGUUAAAAGGGGAAGGGGGAAUUUUGAGCGCGCGAGAGCGCGGGGGGCGUGCGAGAGAGAAAGGAAAAGAACGCGUUCCCCUCCUCCCUCCUUCCUCGCGCGCGGUCUCGCGUCCUAAUUCCCUUCCCGCCCCUUUCCAACGCCUGCCACGCAGGCUACCUGCACAUCUGUAAAUUGAACUUUCUGAUGUGCAAAGCUCUUGAGUUGACGUGGAGUUUUUUAACGUACUAGUGCGGUUUUCUCACGUGCCAAAAUGUGUCUAAACGGGUAAAAUGCUUCAAGUUGUACUGCAGAUGCUAAGGGCUUAAAUUGUGUGGCGCUGUUGUUAAUAUAUUGGAGGGGUUUCGGGCUUUGCUCAUGCAGGCCGAGAGGAAAAGUUAAAAUAAUUCCAGGAAAACAAAUCAGGAUUAGUCACCGAACGUAAUGCCCGAGGUAAAGGCAUUUUUUCACUUGAAUGACGAAAAUUUUGUUUGUUAUUGCCUGUACAAAAAUUUUCCUUUACAAAUAACGGCGACGGCAACGACGGCGCGCCCUGUAUGUACUCUUGGGCCUGCUACACGGGCCGGUCAAAAUUCUUUGCCCAAACAGUCCCAGGGUACAAUAGCUGUUAUGACAGUUGCGCCUCUAAUCAUCAUGUAUCCCGCAAGCGUGGCCAAUACGUUGCAAAAUGAUCCUUCUACUUCGUUUUCUUGUGAUAAUCGCUGACAAAUCAAAUGAGAGCAUUCAACACAACCCCGACCUUGUUCUACGCACAACUCCAAAAUGACCGAUUCAUGUUUUCUUUAUUUUUUAGAUGCUAGUAAGGUAGAGAUAUGGGAAAGCAGAACAGUAAACUCAAACCUGAGCAGCUGGCCGAUUUGACGGCACAAACCGAGUUCGAAGAAGCUGAGUUACAGGAGUGGUACAAAGGCUUCCUUAAGGACUGCCCGAGUGGCAAUCUUACUGUAGAAGAGUUCAAGAAAAUCUACGGCAACUUCUUCCCCUACGGCGACGCCUCCAAGUUCGCUGAGCACGUUUUUCGCACGUUUGACGCAAAUAACGAUGGUUCCAUCGACUUCCGCGAAUUUAUCUGCGCCCUGUCUGUGACUUCUCGCGGCAAGCUGGAGCAGAAACUUAAAUGGGCUUUCAGCAUGUACGAUCUGGAUGGUAACGGCUUCAUUUCCAGACAAGAAAUGCUGGAGAUUGUCAGAGCGAUUUACAAAAUGGUAGGCAGCGUUAUGAAAAUGCCCGAAGAUGAGAGCACGCCCGAGAAACGGGUAGACAAAAUUUUCACACAGAUGGAUAAGAAUGCCGACGGAAAGCUGUCUCUUGCUGAGUUCAUAGAAGGUGCUAAGAGUGAUCCAUCCAUUGUUCGUCUACUCCAGUGUGAUACGGCUGGGUCUAGUUAG